AUGUCCAAGAUUGUUCUCAAAAAAAGACAUAAUGUGAUGGAUUCUAAUACAGGUCUGUGUCGCCUAUUCACACGCUUCUCUGAGAGACUAAACAGGCUGCACGAGAGGAAACAGAGUCUAGCCAUAGCUCUCAAUAUAAUCACAAUUUCCCCCCAUCAACCCUCAAUUCUGAUAGAUGCCGCUUUGUGUCUCACCCUCUCCUCCUCUUCCUCCCUCUCAUUCUACUUUGGCAUCAUCCUUUUCAGUGAUAUCUUUGACAACUUUGACAGCCCCCUCUGCAUUAGAGCUUUUACAGCACUCUCUGUAGUGGAGCGCUUGCCCGAUCCUGACCUCCUGAUUGACAAGAAAUCCGCCGUGCAACAGAUGAACCCGUCUGGUCGUUGGAUAAAACUGCAUCAUUUUAAUAAAUCAGAAGAUGUAGACUACAUAAAGAGUGGUGAGGCACUGGCAGAUGGCUCGUAA